CAGCUCCAUACUCGGAAAUGUUUCACCUGUUGAUUUCUGCCUGCUGUGCAGCUGCUAUAGACAUAGAGCUUUUGUUCUGGGUAGCGUUAGCAUGAACCCAGCUUCAUUGGAGCCCCUGGUGGAGCCCCUGGUGGCGCAGUGGUAAAACUGCCGCCCUGUAACCAGAAGGUUACAAGUUCGAUCCUGACCAGGGGCUCAAGGUUGACUCAGCCUUCCAUCCUUCCGAGCACCUGUUCUGUAAGUGGAGAUGGGACGUUCCUCCAAGGACAAGCGUGACAUUUAUUACCGUCUGGCCAAAGAAGAAGGAUGGCGAGCCCGUAGUGCAUUCAAACUUUUGCAGCUGGAUGAGGAAUAUCACCUCUUUCAAGGUGUCUCUAGGGCUGUGGACCUCUGUGCAGCUCCUGGCAGCUGGAGUCAGGUUUUGAGCCGAAAACUCAAGGGAGAUGACGCCAAGCACGCAGAUGUCAAAAUAGUGGCCGUAGAUCUGCAAGCCAUGGCUCCACUUCCAGGUGUCGUUCAAAUCCAAGGGGACAUCACCAAGGUCUCUACAGCCGAGGAGAUUUUUCGCCAUUUCGAGGGGCAGCCGGCUGACCUGGUGGUAUGCGAUGGAGCCCCGGAUGUGACGGGACUCCAUGACAUAGAUGAGUACAUUCAGGCUCAGCUUUUGCUUGCUGCCCUGAACAUCACUACACAUGUUCUAAAGAAGGGAGGGACUUUUGUAGCAAAGAUAUUCCGAGGGAAGGAUGUUACCCUUCUCUAUUCCCAGUUACGGAUUUUCUUCCCUGAUGUGACAUGUGCUAAACCCCGAAGUAGUCGCAACUCCAGCAUUGAAGCCUUUGCUGUCUGCCAAAACUAUAGUCCCCCUGAAGGCUAUGUGCCAAACAUGUCCAAUCCCCUGCUGGAUCACUGUUAUGAUGUGGAUUUCAACCAGCUGGAGGGUCCCAAUAGGGUCAUUGUCCCCUUCCUGGCUUGUGGAGAUCUGAGUGCUUAUGAUUCUGACCGGACGUAUCCCCUACAGCUGGAUCCUGAGAAGAAAUAUACCUACGUGCCUCCGACUCAGCCUCCCAUCCGCCCUCCCUAUGAAGAGGCCUGCUUCCUAAAGAAACACAACCUUCUCACCAAGGAGCCGACACCUCAACCCCAACAGCAAGCCAUACCCUGUGAUCCUCCACAGCAGGAGGAGCAGGAGGCACUGCACUGUCCUCUAGUGGCUGAGGUCAUAGGCUCUAUGGAGGAACUAUCCACAUCCACGUGAUAUAAUCACAAAGCCCAAAGGGGAGAGGUGUAUAUGCAUCUUGUCCCCUUCUGGCUUGAAAGACUUUUCGUUUAAUACUUCCUGGGUAGUUUAUAGGAGUCUCUAGUUCAUCGCUUUAAAAGCCUGGAAAAAGACCCAAAUAUAACAUUGUUUUUAGUAAAGUCUUGUUACUUGAUCACAGUUUUCUUUAGUGUAGUAUUGCUGAUGGGGAGCCCUGAGCAUCAGAUUUGUAAUCCACUGUCUAGGGAUCACUUUGGGUUAAGGACCUAACCUGCCUCAUGGGAUGGCUGUGAGGGCAGGUGAAAGAAGGUCGUUUUAUAUAUUCAGCAAUCCAAAAACCUUUGGUUUAAGAUGUUUUACAUUUUCACUCAUUCUCUGAAAAUAACAGAAAUGGCAAGUUAAGGUGCCCUUCUUAACUUCCGCACCAUAGGAACAGAGGAAGCUGCCAUAUCCUGAGUCAGAUCAUUGGUCUAUCUAGCUCAGUAUUGUUUUCACAGACUGGCAGCGGCUUCUCCAGGUUGCAGGAGUCUCUCUCAGCUCUAUCUUAGAGAUGCCAGGGAACAAACUUGAAACCUUCUGCACUUCCCAAAGUGGCUCCAUCCCCUGAGGGGAAUAUCUUGCAGUGCUCACACAUGUGGUCUCCUAUUCAUAGGCAACCAGGUGGAUGGACCCUGUAGCUAAGGGGACAAGCGAUGCUUGCUACCAUAAGACCAGCUCUCCACCCCUACUCCUGCUUCUGGAGAGGAGAGACUUCUCUAGAUUCUGCAACCUUUGGGGCUCCUGGAGACUCCACCCCUGAACACCACACACAUGAUGGCCCCAUUCGGAGUUAGUUACCCUCGCACUUCUGACGGGUCUCCCCUCCCCCCGCGUUUUAAUUACAGCUCGGCCAGUUAGGCAGGUAGUCGAGAGCAGCUCUGGAAAGAACUGGAUUGGAACUGAGCAGAGAGGCCAAUUAAAAUGAAGUCGCCUGUCUGUCAAGGCGUCUUUCUCACCUCUCCUGCUCCAGCCGGAUCUGCCCGGGGCUCCAGCACCUGAGAUCCAUUGUCAAGUCCUUCCCCUUCUCUGGCCCCCACAGGUGCCACCGCCCUCCUCCUCCUCCUCCUUGCUGGAGAGAGUCCAAAGGUGCAGUGAGCAGCAGAAUGCAAACGGCUGCUGAGGAAAUGGGCCCUGAUGGCUCCCUGGCCUGGAGAGGGGCUGGGAUCUCUGCCUCCUCACUCCUCCAGCCCUGGCUCAGGUAAAAAAGAUCUCUUUGUCUGGUCUGAAUGGGCCACCGCCUGAGCGAGGCAGAUCUCUCCUCCGUGGGCCCCCAGAACACCGCCUGACCUGGCUUCAACUCUUUCCUCCAUCCCACCCAAGAAAGGAGGGAAUCAGAUGUGAGCUAUGUGCGGCUUCCCCGCCAUCAUCACUCGGGAGUUUGCUCGGAGUUCUGCUGCCUUCUACCCCAUAAUCCACAGGAUCGCUCCUGACAGGGAAGGGAGGGGGCACCAACCAACAGCCAAGCUCUGGAGAGGUUUUGUGGCUCUGGAAAUAGCGAAGGGGUUAAGCCGUCCCAGCACAUCUUGGGGGAGGCAGGGUCUGGUUAUCUGAUACAGGAGGCAGAGGAACUCACAUAUAAGCUUUAAAGACUUUGUACAGUCUGGUAUAUAUGAUGAUGGCUUGAGAAUGAGGCUCCAUACACCUACACUUUGCCUUGAUCAGAGAUGCAGCAAGCAGAAAUUCAUCAGGGGCAUCUCUAGGAAGUUAUUAGGGAAAUGGCACCUUUUAAAUGUCUGCCUGAAUGCAUCCCUCUCCAGCCCAAUGUCCAACUGAAAGACCAAGGCAAAGUGUGGGCGCAUGGAGUCUCAUUUCUAAAGCCAUCAUAUACCAGACUGUACAAAGUCUUUACAGCUUAUAUGGCACAGAAGUUAGUAGGAGUAGUCUUUAUUUCAGUUGGAGACCAAAUACAACAUCAAGAUUUACAUAAACUGCAUAAUAAUACAUUGCUCCAUCAACAAUAUCUUAUUGUCCCACCAUCUGUUCCAUCUAGUGGUACUUGGUGGGCUGCACCAAACUAAUGACAAUAACUUUUUAUUUAUUUCUUUGUCAUGUUUAUAUACUGCCUGAUAUAUACAUCUCUAGGCAAUGUACAUAAACCAGAUUACAAUCUAAAAAUAAACUCCAGACUCUGGAAUGCUCUCCCGGUGGCUAUUCGCUCCUCGGUCUCCAUCACAGCUUUUAGAAAGCAUGUUAAAUCGUGGCUUUUUACCCAGGUUUUUAUUUGAUUGUCUCUGCUGCUGCUUCUUUGUACUCUGCAUUGCUUUUAUGCUUUUAAAAUCAGAUUUGUUUUAUAUUUUUAGUUCAAUAUUUUAAUUGUGUCUUUUUUACUAUCUUGUUUUUAAAUUUUGCUGUAAACCACCUUGGGAUUGUUUUAAUGAAAGGCGGUAUAUAAAUUUAACAAACAAACAAACAAACAAACAAAUAAAUAAGCACUUUCACAGAAUAAAAAUAAUUCACAGAAUUAAACAAUUAAAAUAAUUUCACAAGAUAAAAACAAACAGUGUGAAAUUAAUUUUAAUUAAAAGCCUGAAAAAACAGGUGUAUCUUAAGGGUCUUUUAAAAAGCAAUCAGAGAUGGAGAAGCUCUUUGUUUUGGUAGGGAGUGCUUUCCAAAGCCCUGGGGCAGCCACAGAGAAGUCCCAGCCCCAAGUUACCUCCUGGCAAGCCAGUGGCAACCCUAACCAGACUUCCUCAGAUGAUCUUAAUAGGCAGCAGAGUUCAUGACAAAGACGGCAAUCUCUUAAAUACCCUGGACCUAGGCCAUUCAGGGCUUUAUAGGUAAUAACCAGCUUGCCCGGAAAGAUCAGAAGCCAGUGCAGUUCUUUCAGAAUCGGUGUUAUAUGGUCCCUUCAUGUUGUCCCAGAGACCAGCCUGGCUGCUGCAUUCUGUACCAGUUGUAGUUUCCAAAUUAUAUACAAAGACAGCCCCACAUAGAAUGCAUUACUGUAGUCAGUCCUGGAAGUCACCAGCAUAUGCACUACUGUUUUAAGCUGAUAAGCAUUCCUGGCCGCUGCCUCAGCCUGAGAAACCAGAGAGAGUUUUGGAUCCAGGAGCACUCCCAUGCUAUGUACCUGAUCUUUCAGGGUGGUGUAACCCCAUCGAGAACAGGCACAUCUGUCCCAUGUCUCACCCACCCACCCCAUUCAGUAUCAUACUUGGAUUCAACUUCAGUUUGUUAUCCUUCAUCCAGCCCAUUACCUCCUCCAGGCACUGGAAUGGAAUGGUGAUACUCUCAGAUUUCAGUCUCACUUUGACAACAACUUUGGCCUCAUUGAGAUCUUGGCAGGUAUUAGGUUCAUUGUUUCUCAACCUGUAUCUUUAGCAGUGUUUAGUGUUGCAACAUAUAUAUGGAGAGUUUGGGGCAUAGGCAGUUUUUGCACCCUUAUAUGCACAAAGAGCUUAUGCUGUGGGGAAAUCUAAGUUUAAAGAUUUCUCAUUAAUCUUGGUUUUUUUGGUGCCGUUUGGCUUCCUAUCGUCUUAACAUGUUGGAUCAACUUAUUAUGUCUGGCUUUGUUUUUAAAUCUUUUGAUAGUUUGAGAGAUGAAUUUGAAUUUAAAGAGAUGAAUAAGACCAAUAUUAAUUAUAGCUGAGCACUUUUGAAUAGUGAACUUGAGUGCCCUGUCCUUUUAAUUCAAAGGUGAUGGCCCUGAAGGUAGUGUAAUGUGCUUCUUUAGCCCUGAGAAUGAGGUUAUGCAGCAGAAGCUUUUCUUUUGUACUUACUGCACACCAGCACAGAGAAUGUUUAGGGAAGGUUGGCUGCAGACUCCCAAAUGCUGGAGAUGUAGUUUAGAGGUGGGGACACUUAUGUGUAUGGUUGGGCCUGUCCAAUUCAUAGGACUGUUAAUAUGACUGUACAACAUUAUUUGGUUGUACAAGAAGAUUGUGUUCUUUUGGGUUAUAACCCCCCCAAAUAUAGAAUUUCUUUGUCUCGAGAA